AUGAACCCCUCGCCCACGUCGAGCUCGUCGCCCGAGGACGCCGCCGAGAACACGGCCGACGAGGAGGACUCGGAGGACUACUGCAAGGGAGGAUACCACCCGGUGCAGAUCGGCGAGGACUUCAAGAACGGCAAGUACACGGUCGUGCGCAAGCUGGGCUGGGGCCACUUCUCGACCGUGUGGCUGUCGCGCGACAACACGUCGGGCAAGCACGUCGCCCUCAAGGUCGUGCGCUCCGCCGCGCACUACACCGAGACGGCCAUCGACGAGAUCAAGCUGCUCAACAAGAUCGUGCAGGCCAACCCCGGCCACCCGGGCCGCAAGCACGUCGUCAGCCUGCUCGACUCGUUUGAGCACAAGGGCCCGCACGGCACCCACGUCUGCAUGGUCUUCGAGGUCCUCGGCGAGAACCUGCUCGGCCUCAUCAAGAAGUGGAACCACCGCGGCAUCCCCAUGGCCCUCGUCAAGCAGAUCACCAAGCAGGUGCUGCUGGGCCUCGACUACCUGCACCGCGAGUGCGGCAUCAUCCACACCGACCUCAAGCCCGAGAACGUGCUCAUCGAGAUUGGCGACGUCGAGCAGAUCGUCAAGAAGGUCGUCAAGAGCGACCCUUCCUCGUCCUCGUCGGCGGACAACAAGGAGAACAACCGCAAUGGCAGGAGGCGGCGGCGCACCCUCAUCACGGGCAGCCAGCCCCUGCCGAGCCCCCUCAACGCCAGUUUCAACCACGCCAACCUGUUUCCUUCUUCCAACUCGCACUCCAGCCUGGGGCAGAUGCUGCACGAGGUUCAAGUACUGACGCCGGAGCAAACAGGCUCAAAUAAAUCAAAAGAACCGUCACCGAGACCCGACGAAGACAAGCAAAAGCAGCGGGAAAAGACAGCCGACCUCCUGACGAGAGAAGUCUCCGGCAUAUCCCUCGACAAGUCGUCGUCCUCGUCGACGACGACGUCGACCGGCGAGAAGCGCAAGGCCGAGGACGCCCACGCAUUUGACAUUAUCAGCGUCAAGAUUGCCGACCUGGGCAACGCCUGCUGGGUCAACCACCACUUCACCAACGACAUCCAGACGCGGCAGUACCGCUCCCCCGAGGUCAUCCUGGGCGCCAAAUGGGGCGCCAGCACCGACGUCUGGAGCAUGGCCGCCAUGGUCUUCGAGCUCAUCACGGGCGACUACCUCUUCGACCCGCAGUCGGGCACCAAGUACGGCAAGGACGACGACCACAUCGCCCAGAUCAUCGAGCUGCUGGGGCCCUUCCCCAAGUCGCUGUGCCUGUCGGGAAAGUGGUCGCAGGAGAUCUUCAACCGCAAGGGCGAGCUGCGCAACAUCCACCGGCUGCGGCACUGGGCGCUGCCCGACGUCCUGCGCGAGAAGUACCACUUCAAGGAGGACGAGGCGCGGCGCAUCUCGGACUUCCUGACGCCCAUGCUCGAGCUCGUGCCCGAGCGCAGGGCCAACGCCGGCGGCAUGGCGGGCCACGCCUGGCUCGACGACACGCCUGGCAUGAAGGGCGUGCGGGUCGACGGCCUCGAGGUCGGCAGCCGCGGGGAGGGGAUCGACGGGUGGGCUACCGAGAUUAGGAAACGGUAG